AUUUUACCUGUAUUCGGAUAAUGAUAGAUCACCGGCUCAUAGAGGAAUGUAGGCGGAGCUGUCGAGUUCCUGCUUAAGUUGGCUUACCUGAACGGGAGCAUAUCCUAUGUCACUUUUAAGGUUUACUGUAAUGUUGUGGAUAUUUUAUCUAGUAGAAACUGUAGUCGUAUACAAAUCUCGUGGUGAAUGUUUUUGUUAGGAACUUGCAUCAGAGAAAAGACCAAAGGGUGGAAGCUGUGGUCCGGGGCUGGAUGAUGCCUCCCCCCCCACCACAGAUCCCCUCAUAAAGGAUCCAAGACCCAAGGAGCUCAGUGCCAUUUCACAUAUGGAUGUUCAGGGGUACAGAUGGGUGUGCUGGAAAGUGUGGUUGUGCCGCAUUGGGGCGGUAUGUUCUUUAGGCCUGCUGCUAGUGCUUUUCAACUGGCGCCCUCGCCUUGGCAUCCUGGCCCGGUGCAAGUCCUGUGCCGUUUCAAUGGCGGAUGUUUUACUAUUAAAGGACAGAUAUGGACAGCAGUUUGUUGUAGACGUGCUUAAAGAGGAGAUUGAGGAAGGCAGUUUGGAGUUUGCAGUAGGAGAGGCAGAUGAGAAUGAAUGGAGAGACACCGUGCAGCUACACAGUGAAAAGAAAACACUGCUUAGAUACUAUGUGUUUGAGGGCAUGCGUUACAUAUGGAUGGCCAGGAAAGGAGCCUUUUGCAAAGCAAGUAUCCUCAAUGAAGGCUGGACCUGUGCUGACCUGCAUGGCCGACAGCAAGGACUGAGUCGAGCAGACCAAAGCAUAAGAAAACAAAUUUUUGGGGCCAAUAUUAUUGAUGUACCUGUGAAGUCUUACUUGCAACUUCUCUUUGAGGAGGUGCUCAAUCCGUUCUACGUAUUUCAGGUGUUCAGCAUAAUCCUGUGGAUGUCAGACAGAUACUAUUAUUAUGCUGCUUGUAUCGUCAUCAUAUCCUUGAUUUCAAUCGCUGUGUCCCUUUAUCAGAUUCGUAAGCAAAGCACCACUCUCCGCCGCAUGGCCCGUUUGGUAGUGAACGUUACUGUGCGCAGGGACACCGGAGAGGAAGAGUGUGUAAACUCUGAGGAGCUGGUUCCAGGUGACUGUGUUUUGAUUCCAGCUGAGGGUUUGCUCCUGCCCUGCGAUGCCGCCCUGCUGGCUGGGGAGUGCAUGGUGAACGAAAGCAUGCUGACUGGUGAGAGCAUACCAGUGAUGAAGACGCCAUUGUCUACUUCUGGGGCCACAUACAGUCCGGAGUCUGAACGCAGACACACUUUGUUUUGUGGCACACAGCUCAUCCAGGCUAAAGGAGGCGGUCCUGCUGGGAAUGGGGCCAUCGCUGUUGUAACACGCACAGGGUUUUUUACUGCCAAAGGAGACCUUAUUAGUUCUAUCCUCUACCCUCAACCAUUAGACUUUCGCUUCUACAAGGAUGCUAUGAGGUUCCUAUUUUUUCUAGGACUUCUGGCAUUGGUCGGCACUAUUUAUAGCCUUGUGAUACUAUCAAGGAGCAAUACGCCCUGGAACGAACUACUCAUCCGGUCUCUGGAUAUUGUGACAAUAAUAGUUCCACCUGCUCUUCCUGCUGCUAUAACUACAGCCGCUAUCUACGCCCAGAAUCGCCUGAAGCGUCAUGGGGUGUUCUGCAUUAGCCCACCUCGCAUUAAUAUCUGCGGCAAAAUAUCACUUUUCUGUUUUGAUAAGACUGGCACUCUGACAGAGGAGGGUCUGGAUGUGUGGGGUGUCAUGGAAGCAAAUGGAGCGGUAUUUGGCGAACUGGUCCCUGACCCUCUUAUUCUCCCUCCUGGAAUGAUGCUCUUUGCACUUGCCUCCUGCCAUUCUUUGGCUUUGCUGGGGGGUCAAGCACUUGGAGACCCACUGGAGCUCAAAAUGAUUGAAUCCACUGGAUGGGAACUGACUGAGCCAGAGAAUGAGAUGGGACAUGAUUCUGAAUUUGGGAGACACAGAGUACUAUCAGUGAUGAGACCUCCUGCACCUGAGCUCCUGUCAGAAGGAAAUUCUGUCAGUCAGCCAAUAGCAAUUGUGCGGAGAUUCCCAUUCUCCUCUUCUCUGCAAAGGAUGAGCGUGGUGACCGUUGGCCCAGAUGGGGCUUCUCCUGUCGCAUUCCUUAAAGGAGCACCUGAGAUGGUGGCCAGCUUCUGCCUUGAAGAAAGUGUGCCUUCUCAUUUUUCACCCACUCUCCGGGAGUAUGCGAGCCAGGGCUUCAGGGUCCUUGGAUUUGCCUACAAGCACUUUAAUAAGGAUACUGACUUAAGCACUGUUGAAAGGGAGGAGGUGGAGAAGGACAUGAACUUCCUGGGUCUGUUGGUAAUGAAGAACCAGGUGAAGCCAGAGAGUGCUGAAGUCAUUCGUAUUCUUAAACUGGCACAAUUAAGGCCUGUUAUGGUUACAGGUGACAAUAUUCUCACUGCUGUGAAUGUAGCACGUGCGUGUGGAAUGGUACUGUCACAUGAGAAGGUUAUUUUUGUUCAUGCAUCGCCCCCUACUGCCAGUUCAAUGGCCUCGCUGCAGUUUCAUCAAGGAGAUGGUGCAGCAGCCACCAUUAAUACUCAUGAGACUAUUGAUAUUCCAACACAGGGUCUCUACCAGAACAGUGCCGGCUAUCAUUUGGCUAUAAAUGGAAUGUCCUUUGCAGCACUUUGUGAUCAUUUUCCUGAAUAUCUACCCAAGAUUCUGAUGAGGGGUACAGUGUACGCCCGCAUGACCCCAGAACAGAAAACCCAGCUGGUAAAGGCACUGCAGAGUCUCAAUUACAGGGUCGGUAUGUGUGGGGAUGGAGCCAAUGACUGUGGAGCCUUGAGGGCUGCAGAUGUCGGCGUGUCAUUGUCUGAGGCUGAGGCCUCUGUGGCGUCUCCUUUCACAUCCAAGUCUGACAACAUUAGCUGCGUGCCUUUACUCAUCAAGGAAGGCAGGUGUUCACUGGUGACAUCAUUCAGUCUUUUUAAGUACAUGGCCUUGUACAGUCUGAUUCAGUUUGCCUCUGUACUUAUUCUCUACACUGAGAAAACAAACUUGGGAGACCUGCAGUUCCUCUUCUUUGAUUUAGUUUUGGUGACCGUUUUGGCUAUAGUGAUGGGGCGUGGAGGUCCAAGCGAUGAGCUCCACCCACAGCGACCAGCUGCAAGUCUUCUGUCUCUGCCAGUCCUGGCUAGUUUAUUAGUUCACACUGUGCUGCUGAUCCUAGCUCAAGUGUCUGCUCUACUUAUCACUGUCUCACGAGACUGGUAUGUGCCUCUAAAUUCCACUAGGACAGGGGCUGCAAACCUGCCCAACAUGGAGGACACAAGCAUUUUUGCCAUAUCGGGGUUCCAGUAUAUCAUCAUGUCCAUUGUGAUAACUAAAGGAUAUCCUUACAAAAAACCACUGUAUUACAAUGUUUUGUUUGUAGGUGCACUUAUGGUCUUCUGUGCUCUUAUGAGCUGGCUGGUGCUUUCCCGUCAUACCGUCAUCCAUCGUGUGCUGGAGCUCUAUGACAUCACUGAUAUGGUUUAUAAACUAGUUCUGUUGGCUGUAGCCAUACUCAACUUUUUCAUAUGUUACAUAUUUGAGAAUCUUAUUGACCGAGGUGCCCUGAACUGCCUUCGCAACCUCAGAGGAAAACGCGAGUCCAAAAAGCAGUACAAACGUCUGGACGUCCAGCUUGCAGAAACACCCUCAUGGCCACCCCUGAACCAGACCGUGUUCCCACCACAGUGCUCCGUCAUCGGUGUUAGCUAACACCUACCUCCCGCUUUAGCAUUUCAGCUCUCCCAAUGCACAUAUCCAGGGUUGCCAAAGAUCUGAUACCACCUCUCAGUGCACUAGUGAGGUAUGCGUACCAGAUGCCAUCCUUGUCUGCCUAUUAUAUAUGGCACAAAUCUUAUCAUACAGUAAAAAGAGUGAAGUAAAGGUCACUGUUAAUGAUGGUAUUUCUAAUGAUAUAAAACAUGAAUGAAGAAUAAAAACUUUUAAGUAUUUUGAAAGUGUGAUGACUGAUUUAGAAAAGGGGUGGAAACAUAUUUCCCCAGAAUAUGUAACAUAUUUAACAAUUUAUACAUACAAAUGAACAGUUUAUACAAAAAAUAAAGGGCAUAUUGCCUUCAGAAGUGAUUGAUCCUGUUACUAACAUGAAUACAAAAUACUGAGCAUGUCGUUCUAAACCCAUUUUUUUUCCCUUUCGUGGACCAUAAAAGUUCUAACAAAGCAUCCAAGUUGCUCCAAGUUGUCAUAUUUACAAAAUAAUAUAUACAUGCUACCUACUUUAUUCUCUAUGGCAUUUAUGACCCUUAAAGGGUUAGUUCACCCAAAAAUGAAAAUUCUGUCAUUAAUUACUCACCCUCAUGUCGUUCCACACCCGUAAGACCUUCGUUCAUCUUCGGAACGCAAAUUAAGAUACUUUUGAUGAAAUCCGAGAGGUAUAUAACUCGUCCAUACAUAGACAGCAAUAUAAUCAACACUUUCAAGGUCCAGAAAGGUUGGUUCAACCUUAAUUUUAUGAAGCGACGAGAAUAGUUUUUGUGCGCAAAAACAACUGCAGAAGAUCGUCUCUUUUGUGUCAUUCUCAUAUGUUGUUUACGUCCAGUGCUUCCAGGUUCUACAUCAGAACGCCGACUCAUUGUCCGGCUCCUGCGUCAGCAUCACACACGUGUCGUGCUGUUCACGUGUGCAGCUUUGGCCAAUACUGAGCUGGCAUUCGGACGUAAUCAAUGAAGCCUUCACUGUGCUUACUGCAUCAACUGCGUAAGGAUAAUGACAGGGAAGAGAAGAGAUUGUUGAAUAAAGUCGUUAUUUUUUGUUUUUGAACACAAAAAGUAUUCUCGUCACUUCAUAACAUUAAGGUUGAACCACUGUAGUCACAUCCACUAUUUUAACGAUGUCUUUAGUACCUUUCUGGACCUUGAAAGUGUUGAUUACCUCUCGGAUUUCAUCAAAAAAUUCUUAAUUUGUGUUCGGAAGAUUAAUAAAGGUCUUACAGGUGUGGAACGACAUGAAGGUGAGUAAUUAAUGACAGAAUUUUAAUUUUCGGGUGAACUAACCCUUUAAGUAACAGAUCUUUCCAACCAUAUUGUGGUGUAUAUCCGAGUGAAACAGAUUAUUGAAAAAGAAAAAGGGCGGGGACUUGGUUUAAUCUGUUGUUGAUUGGGCGAAGACAAAUCUGAAUGACAACUUGCAGUCAGUUGUAAGAAAGGGGUGGAGUUUAAGCUAACCAAAUUAUAAGAGACAUCCACCAUAUGCCACCAUAGAGAAAUUUGAUGCUUAAACCAGAAGUUCGAGUUAUGACAUUUGAUUAAAAAUCACAAGUUUUUUUUUUUUUUUUUAAAAGUGUUAAUAGUAAAACAUGCAAGGGAAAAAAAAUGUGGGGCCCGUUCUUGGUACAUGGACUAUUCAGUUAUCUGGAUUUUACUGUUGAUGAUUUGACAUGAUUCAGGAUUGUUAAAGGGAUAGUUCACCCAAAAAUUAAAAUUCUGUCAUUUACUCACCCUCAAGUUGUUCCAAAUCUAUAUGAAUUUUUUUCUGCUGAACAUAAAAGAAGAUAUUUUGAGGAAAGUCGGUAACCAAACAGCUGAUAAGCCCCACUGACUUCCAUAGUAUUUUUUUUUUACCAUAAUAUGAAAGUCUGUGAAUAUGAAUUAAUAUCUCAUUUUAUUGGAGCCUUACACACAUUACAUACAGUUUGUGACAGCUAUUAUACGGGUGGCUUGAUGUAGUGCAGGAUAUGCAGAUAACUUUAAAAAAAAAAAAAUAAAUAACGCAAUGUAAAAGAUGUUGUCUGCUGUGCCAUUAGAAAUAUGUUAUCGACCCUUAAGAAGCUUUAUCCACUUCAUGUGUAAAAUUAAAUGAAUUGCUAAUUAUAGUAGGCUACUCUUGACAAAAAAAGUCUAUACAAAUACUAGAAAUUGUAAAAAAAGGAAAUAAUUGGGAACCAUGUAACAUUUAAUUCUUCUUAAUUCUUUAAUUUUGCCUUUUUCCUUUUUUAAUUAUAUGAUGUCAUUGUUGCUGUCAGACAAUAUCAGUGUAAAUAAGUAAUAUCAGACAACUUAAUCCAGAUAUUUUAAUUAAAUCCACAAAUUCAUUUGAAGAACCAAAUUAAGCAGAGAUCAAUUAUUAUAAUUAGAAAAUCUGGUAUCUGCCAAAUCAUCUCAGAUGUAUUAAGCAAGGUAUGAAGAACGGAUCCCUGAUAAAUAACAUCCAUUUGGAAAAUAUGGUGAAUUUUCAUUUGAUGCUGACUUUUUUUUUUUCUUAUGUGUAGUGGCUUCGAGAAGAGGACUAGUUUGCAUUGUCUAUAAACAGUUAGAUGCCACAAGAGGCAAGACAAAAUUAAAAAUUCACCAUUUAGAAUCACUGAUAUAAGAUUAACCAAUUAAAGUUGGCAUGAAACAGAAGUUGCAAUCUUUUAUUCCCUAUAAUUGAAUUUGUGAUGUAAAUCAGAGUGAAACGGCUUCUGGAAUUAGAAGAAAAAAGUAGAGUGGGACUGGAUUUCCAGCAUAUGAAUUUGAAAAAAAAUAAUGAUGCACAGAUAAAUCCUUUAUAAUAAACACUGCAACAUUCUGUAGAAAAAAAAAAAAAGUUAUCCAGAGACAUUAUUUAAAAAGUCUUUAUUAAAUGGGCAUUUUGAAAAGUAUUUACAGGCAGAUUUCUGUGUUCUCAGGCAGGGCAUGACAAACCCGUCUGGUCUGAUUUGUUACAGCACAAUGGGUGAACAAUGACAUAUCAGAUUAAAGGGUAUUUCCAUAAACUGCAGGAGUCAGAGAUAUCAUUCAUGGACAUCACAGGAGAGGAAGGUUUAGGAAGAAAUUAAAAAAAAAAGAAAAAGAAAAAAA